UGUAUUUUCUGUGAUGAAGGGACUUUUAUUUUGAAGUGGAGUCAAACGUGGCUUCCUGGUUGAUGAAAGCGUGCUGUCUGAUUUCAGUGCGGCGAGCUGUCGAUGGAGCUCUGCAGUUUACGGUCGGCAUACGUUUCAAUAUUUACUCGUUCACACUAAACGGGUCGUUUAGUAGCGUCAGCAUGUGUAAAGAGCUGAAGACGAGAGUCCUGCGGCUAUCAGCGCAGCAGCAGGAGUGGACGGAGGUCCUGAGCGCCACAGUCAAGGCUCUGAAGGCGGGGCAGCUUGUGGCCGUCCCCACCGACACCAUCUACGGUCUGGCCUGUGUGGCUCAGGACUCCGCGGCCGUCAGGAGAGUUUAUGAUCUCAAAGGAAGGAAUGGAGACAAACCUCUCGCCAUCUGUGUCGGAGAAAUCCAGGACAUCUACAGGUACUGUACGGUGUCUGUGAAGGAGGAGCUGCUCCGAGAUCUGCUGCCUGGACCUGUGACACUAGUUCUGGAAAGAUCCACCGCGCUGAACGGAGACCUCAAUCCUUUUACCAAGCUCAUAGGGGUUCGUGUUCCAGACCAUCCGUUCAUGAGGCGUCUCUGUCAGAUGUGCGGCGAGCCGCUUGCUCUCACCAGCGCUAACGUCAGCACACAAACCAGCACGGUUGCUGCUAACGAGUUUGAGGAUCUGUGGCCCAGUCUGGCUGUUGUGGUGGACGGUGGCCCGAUUGGAGAUAAAAGCCGUUUGGGUUCAACAGUUGUGGAUCUGUCUGUGUGCGGCAGAUACCGUAUAAUCAGACCGGGAUGUGCUCUCUCUGCUACAGUUCAGGUACUUGAGGGCAAGUAUGGACUGCUGGAGGAUCCUGCCAACCAAUGAGAUUCAAGCGCAGCACAAACCCGCUGUAGGUCAAAGUCGGCCCAGAGAUCAGUCGGAGCUUCUGAAGUCUGUGCGGUUCUCAGUAAUGAGGGUCUGCUUUUCACCUCUUCUUUUCAGAGAGUUUGGGACUGGUGGUUCUGAUCUGAAUGUGCUUUUGAAAUGAUCUUCUCAGUCUAUUGAAUCCACAAACUCAAUUUAUAAGGUUCUCGUUUUAAAGACGCACAUUUUUCUUACUCAGUCAGACGUUUAGUUUGUAAAGCGUGUGUUUAGAUGUUCUGUACAGUGGAAUAAUUCUCCUGUUGACGUGACCUCCUCACCACUCAGAUGCCUUCGGGGAUACACUGACUAUAAUGCUGGGAAUACUGUUAAACUUGGUUGAGUUGAUUGCUUUGUUACAGUACAGUAAGAGUUUAGACUCAUUGAUUUUGUUUUGUUAAUUGGGAUUUUAUUUAUUGCAGUUUUAAACGUGUGUUUUCAGGGGUCACUUGCUCUCUGGAAGAGCGUCAGUCUUUUUAUAAAAUUAAAACAAUCUGAAUCUGAGGUCAAGCAUUGUGGACCAAAGCAGAGUAAAUCAUCUUACAUGCAGAUGUUAUGCAAUGGUCCCACUCAUUUGUAUUUGCAGUGAAAACAUUAUGUCCCUGUUGGCCUUCCGUUUUAUUUCAUACAGUUAGUAAUGCUUCUGAAUGCGUGGCUGUAAAUGGGGUUGAGCUAUGUUUCUGUUCUUCUGAGACAUGUUGACAUGGAGCAGCAGUCUAGGGAGAGUGACUGGCUGUUUGUUUACUAGCUGUGACUGUGUUCAAGGGCGAUAGAUGCAGCGUCUCUAAUCAAAAUGAAGAUGAUAACUCUGUUAUUUGACAUGGAAUCAAUGAAUCGUGGCCGGUGGUGAGCGACUCAUUUUAAUAAUGGCAUUGGUAACUAAAUAUUAAAACACUUUAAAUAUGGGGGAAUUGUAAACGUGUGAUUUGGGAAAAGCAACAUGGAAUUAAAUCAAAUAAAAACUUCAAAACAUUAUGGAAAUUUUCUAGUGAAAUAUGGAAUACUUUAAUCCUAAAACAUUUUUUGGCACGUUGCACUAAUAUUCUUUGUGAAUGCUUCCCUUUUGGAUUAAUUUUGGAGAAAUAAACAAUCGUAAGCAAUUAGUUUUCCUUUCUCAAUUUAUGCUUUCCUUAUUCAAGACAGUAAAGAAUGUUAAUGUAUAUAUAAAAUAAAUGCUUAUUCAUAUCUAAUAAAAUGUAUGACCGUUA